AUGUCGUCAAAGCCUCCUGCUAGCUCAGCAGGCCCUCCACGCCCAAACUUCCUCCACAGGGUCUCGCACCACAUUAGACGCUACUCCAGCCUCCACCUUUCGCUAGCCAACCUCAAGCGGAUCGCCUUUGCCAUCUCGCUUCUCUCGUGCCUCUCAGCGGGCUCCAUCAUGCUCUUUUCGCUCUUUUCCACCGCGUUGCACGAGAUCGUGGGCCUCACCUACUUCCAGAUCAACUUCAUAGCCGCCAUGUCGUCCAUUGGAAUGUACUUGUGCUUGCCUGGAUUGGGGUACUUGGGAGACUGCUACGGACCUGCCGUGCUCCUGUUGUUGCUGAUCUGGUUUUUCUGUCCCAGCUACUUCUUCAACAGCGUGCUUGUUGCACGCCUCCAGCAGCUUCCUGGCUCGUCCUACGACCAGGUGCCGUCCAGCUACGUCUAUGGCUUUGCCACAGCGUUCUUCUUCAUUGGAUUGGCCACGUCGUCGCUCUACUUCGCCAGCGUCAUCACCUGUGCCAAAAUCUACCCUGACCACAAAGGCUUGGCCAUUUCGUUGCCCAUCACCUGCUACGGAUUGUCGUCAUUAUUUGGGUCCCAGCUCAUGAAAAUGGCCUACUUCAAGCACGACGGCUCCAGCUACUUGGACCUCCACAAGGCGUUCAACUUCUUUGGCGUUCUCUACAUCAUCAUGGGCAUCCUCAACUUCGUAUCGAACUCCAUCGUCAUCGUGGAGCAGGACGUAUUAUUUGCGGCACCCAGCCUGCCUGACGAGACCACGCCCUUAGUCAGCCUGGCGGCAGACGAUGAGGACGACUCCAACUCGUUGCUUCCCCAAAGAUCGCUCGUGGAGCCUCAGCACCACCACCAGCGCUACAUCCAGUUCUUGCACGACAAAUCGGCCUGGAUCUUGUUGGUAGCCACUGCAUUGAACCUCGGACCCUUGGAGAGUUACCAGGUCAACUUGGGGUCCAUUUUGAAGAACUCCACCUACCAUACCGAUCUCUCCAACCAGGUCAGCAUCAUCGCCACCUCGUCCACCAUCAGUCGCUUGGUUUUGGGUGGUCUUUCCGACUACAUCUCCUCCGACAAGAGGGCCUACCCCAUCUGCCGUGUGUGGCUCAUCGUGCUAGUGCUUGUGGUCGGAGCAGUGGGCCAAGUUGCCAACAUGUACAUUAGCGAGGACAACGAGCAGUGGUACUACAUUAUAUCCAUCUUGAAUGGAUUCUCGUACGGAGGCCUUUUCACUGUUCUUCCUACCAUCGUUGCUUCCAUUUGGGGCAUCGACAUGAUGGGCUCCACCUGGGGCUCUUUCAUGGUCGCUCCAGCCAUUGGUUCCGUGGGAUACUCGUUGUUUUACGGCAAACAAAUCGACUCCAAUUGCGUGAAUGGGGGUGCAAGCUGUUUGAGCGAAUACUUCAAUGUCACGGGAGUCAGUAUGGCGUGCAGCUUGGUGCUAGUGGUUGCCGUAUGGAAGCUCAUCUGGGCUAAAAGAGGGUUUGCAUUGUUCUAG